CGCCGCAGCCGCCGCUGCCAAUAUACCUACAACUAGUUUACCCGCCAACGCCACAGUAGCAGCAACGACUGCAGCCGCGCUGCCCAGCAACAUUUUACCUGCAGCUGUAUCGUGCACAGCAUCGCAGCGUGCAGCUCAGUCGCUCCCGUACACGACAGCAGCAGCGUCAUUGCUGUCUCAGGCUUUGUUUGUCCACACAAAGAUUGAGGAUCAGGUCGCGCCAGCUGGAGCUCCGCCAUCACCGCCCUAUGACUCUGCCUUUGGGCGCAAGAGAAGAAACUCUGUUCCAGAUGGACGGGUGUUUUCCUGUGAUUAUGACGGCUGCAACAAGACGUUUAUGCAGCUGGCACACUUGAAGAUUCACCAGCGCAAGCAUACGGGAGAACGGCCUUAUGUCUGCACAUUCCCUGACUGUGACAAGUCUUUUACCCAGUUGGGGAAUCUGAAAACCCACGAACGCAAACACACAGGCGAAAAGCCCUUCAAGUGUUCGUUUGCUGGAUGCGACAAGGCCUUUAGCCAAAUGGGCAACAUGAAGACUCACGAGUUGCUCCAUUUGGGGGUCAAACCUUUCACCUGUGGAAUUGAGGGCUGUGAUCGUGCAUUUAGCCAGCUGGGAAACCUAAAGUCACAUCAAGCCAAAGUCCACCACAAUCCAUCGCGGCAAAGAUCGGGCCUGAAGCGCUCCAUCACACCUUCAUCAGAGGAAGAAGACGGGGAAUCUCUCUACAAACGCCGCCGUCGCUCCUCAUCUGCGCAUUCUACAACCAGCUCCUUAAAUGAUGCUGUCGUCCCUUCAGACGGGUCAUCUAGUGACGGAACACCGCCAAAGCCAAGACGAACAGGGCAAACCAAGGAACAGCGACUAUUGAAAAAGAUGAAGGCUGUACUGGAACGACGGACAUCUGGAGAUCAGAUGGGAUUGCAACUUUCCUUUUCCGAUAUUCCAGAAGAAGACGAACAAGUUUGUUUUUGAACCAACUUGACCUCCCCAAUGUUAAGAAUACCCGCCCCUUCCCCUUUUUCUCACCUUUCGAAAUCUACUGCCCAUCUGUUUCCAUCAUCCAUGCGCUGUGUGAAUAGUUGUUUACAGGAUUUGGAUGGGCAGAAAGAUGUGUACAUACCCCUUUUCUACUUUCGGUUAAUUUUGGUGUAAUGAGUCUCCCAUCCUUCCCCUCUCUCUCUCUCUCUCUCUCUCCUCUCCCUUUGGUGUGGUUUUUUUUUUUAUUAAAGUAACAAGAAUGUAAAUACGUAACUUUUUUAAAGAAUGGCUAGAUUUGUCCAGA